AUGUUUGAGAAUAUAACGAUACUUUAUGGAUCUGAAACAGGAAACGCCGAGGAAUAUGCUAAAUAUUUGAAGCUACGAUUAAGGAAUUACUCAUUGAAAUCAACUUUAUCAUCAUUAGAUUCGUUUGACUUAAAAAACUUAGUCACCACUACAGAAUAUCUCAUUAUAAUAUGUUCAACUACGGGCCAAGGAGAACUACCUAGAAAUGCGAAAUCUUUCAUGAAAUUCAUUUUGAAAAAGAAACUCCCUUCUGAUUUAUUCCAACAUAUUCAUUUGACUACAUUAGGUUUGGGUGAUUCAUCUUAUACUAAAUACAAUUAUGCCAUAAAGAAAAUACAUACUAGAAUGACUCAGUUGGGAUGUCAGAUGUUAUCGCCAAGGUGUGAAGCGGAUGAGAUGUCUCCAGAGGGAGUUGAUGGUUAUUAUUUAGAAUGGGAAACACAACUCAUUGCAUCUUUAUUGAAACAUUUCCCUAAUGCAAAGAAAAUUGAUGAUAAUGUGGUGCCAAUGCCUCAAUACAGAGUGGCAGUGAACCAAAGAUGUUCAAAUUUGAUCGAAAACUCAAUGCUUCCAAAAAUCUAUAAUAAUCUACAGACAGGAGUUGUAAUAGCGAAUGAAAGAAUCACCUCAGCUGACCAUUUUCAAGACGUGAGACAUAUUAAAAUAAAAUCAAAAGAUUUGAAGUAUUAUCCAGGUGACACUAUAUCACUAUAUCCAUCGAAUUUUGAUCAAGACGUGGAGGACUUACUUGAACUGCAACUACAAUGGCUUCAAAUAGCAGAUAAACCACUUAAAAUAAAAAACCUUAUUGAUGGAGAUCAAUUUAUUACACUUCGAAAUUUACUCAAAUACCAUCUAGAUAUAAUGUCUAUCCCAAAAAGAAGCUUUUUUGCAAUACUAUGGCAUUUUUGUGAUUCUUCAACCGAAGAUGGAUUAAGAGAACAAGAAAAAUUAAAAGAAUUUGGGGCAUUUGAUGAUCCUGAAGAAUUAUAUAAUUAUGCAAAUAGGCCAAGAAGACUGAUUUUGGAAACUUUACAAGAAUUCAAGAAUAAUUUGAAUAUUCCAGUAUCUUACAUUUUAGAUUUGAUUCCUUUAAUUAAGCCAAGAAUGUUUUCAAUUGCUUCAAGACCGAAAGAAAAUGAGAUAGAAAUAAUAGUUGCAAUAGUAGAAUACAAAACUAUCAUAAGGCGAAUAAGAAGAGGUUUAUGCACUAGAUGGCUAAAGUCAUUAGAGCCGAAUGAUCAAAUAAAUUUCACGAUUGACAAGUCCUCAUUCAAAUCAACUCAAUCACCGAUAAUCAUGGUUUCCCCCGGAACAGGUGUAGCACCAAUGAAAUCAAUAAUAGAUGACAUUUUACAUAAAAAUUCAACACAGGAGAUGUAUCUAUACUUUGGUUGUAGAUAUGAAGAAAAGGAUCAUUUAAUCAAAUCAUUUUGGGAAAAGUCGAGUAACUUGCAUAUUUGCAAUAGUUUUUCUAGAGAUCCAGGAUCUUCGUUCAAAUAUGUACAAGAUGCCUUAUUUGGAAAUUGGAAAUUGAUCGGUGAUCUUUUGCUUAAUCAAAAUGCAUCUAUUUUUGUUUGUGGAUCAAGUGGAAAGAUGCCUAGAGAAGUGAAAUUGACAUUCAUUGAAAUUGUGAGAAAAUACAAGGAUAUAACUGAAGAGGAAGCUAAGAAAUACAUAUGUAGUAUGGAGGACAAAGGACGGUACAAGGAAGAUGCUUGGUGA